AUCGACACGUGGAGUAUGGACACGUCACCAUCGUGCCUUAUAAAAUGCAAACGCCGGAUAAAUCUCUCCCUUCUAUUCUCUGACACUCAACCGUCUCCUCCUUCAGCUCCCACUGCCAUCACCAACCGAAUCUCCUCCUCACCGGAAAUGGACCCCCAUCGGAAGGCCGACGCAGGAGAAUCCGACGCCUCCGCCCGGCGGAUCCAACGGCUUUCCGCUCACCUCUCCCCCGCCGACCUCGGCCGACCCUGCAUACCGCCGCAGCUCCGGCUGCUGACCUGUGCCGCGGCGAAGAUCGAGGUCGACACGGAGAAGCUAUCGCUGUACAUGAGGGGGAAGCACCGCGAGUCGCAGGAGAAGGUGUAUGAGUACUUCAACUCGAGGCCGGACCUGCUGAACCCCGUGGAGAUCUCCAAGGACGACCACCGCGAGCUCUGCAUGCGGCAGCUGCUCGGCCUCGUCAGGGAGGCCGGUAUCAGGCCGUUCCGCCUCGUGUUCGACGACCCGGGGAAGUACUAUGCCAUCAUGGAGGCCGUUGGUAGUGUGGACAUCUCGCUCGCGAUCAAGAUGGGCGUGCAGUACAGUCUUUGGGGUGGCUCUGUAAUAAACUUGGGAACUAAAAGACACAGGGAUAAGUACUUUGAUGGUAUUGAUAGCGUAGAGUAUCCUGGUUGUUUCGCCAUGACGGAACUCCACCAUGGCUCCAAUGUGCAAGGCCUCCAGACUGUUGCAAAAUUUGAUCCAAUCACCGAUGAGUUUAUAAUCGAUACUCCAAAUGAUGGAGCCAUCAAAUGGUGGAUAGGCAAUGCAGCGGUCCAUGGCAAGUUUGCCACGGUCUUUGCGAGGCUCAUUCUCCCUACCCAUGAUGCCCAAGGAACCUCUGAUAUGGGGGUUCAUGCCUUCAUCGUCCCCAUAAGGGACAUGAAAACCCACCAGACCCUCCCUGGAGUUGAGAUCCAUGACUGCGGGUAUAAGAUUGGUCUCAAUGGUGUCGAUAAUGGGGCCUUGCGAUUUUGCUCUGUUAGAAUUCCCCGAGAGAAUCUUCUGAACCGAUUUGGGGAUGUCUCUCGGGAUGGGAAGUACACGAGCAGCCUCCCGUCAAUAAAUAAGAGAUUUGCUGCUAUGCUUGGUGAGCUCGUUGGCGGGAGGGUUGGUCUGGCAUACUCCUCUGUUGGGGUCUUGAAAAUUGCAGUCACUAUCGCAACUCGAUAUUCCCUUCUCCGCCAGCAGUUUGGGCCCCCAAAGCAGCCUGAAGUUAGUAUCCUCGAUUACCAGUCCCAACAGCACAAGCUGAUGCCUAUGCUUGCCUCCACUUAUGCCUUCCACUUUGCUACCUUGCAUUUAAUAGAGAAGUACUCAGAGAUGAAGAAAACUCACGAUGAGCAGCUGGUUUCAGAUGUCCAUGCUCUCUCAGCAGGCCUGAAGGCUUACGUGACUUCUUACACAGCGAAGUCGCUGAGUGUCUGUAGAGAAGCCUGUGGGGGCCACGGCUAUGCUGCCGUCAACCGGUUUGGGAGCUUGAGGAACGACCAUGAUAUCUUUCAGACUUUCGAAGGGGACAAUACAGUUCUUUUGCAGCAGGUGGCAGCUGAUCUCUUAAAGCAGUACAAGGAGAAGUUUCAAGGUGGGACGCUUGCAGUUACAUGGAACUACUUGAGAGAGUCCAUGAACACGUACUUGUCUCAGCCCAAUCCGGUGACUGCAAGAUGGGAAGGCAAAGAUCACCUGCGGGACCCUAAAUUCCAACUCGAUGCAUUUAGGUAUCGAACUUCCCGGUUGCUGCAAAGUGUUGCCGUGAGACUGCGGAAGCACACUAAGACUCUGGGGAGCUUUGGCGCAUGGAACAGAUGCCUGAAUCACCUUCUGACCCUUGGGGAGUCCCACAUAGAAUCUGUCAUUCUUGCCAAGUUCAUUGAAGCAGUUGAGAGGUGUCCUGAUCCAAGCUCGCGAGCAGCUCUGAAACUAGCAUGUGACCUUUAUGCAUUAGACCGAAUCUGGAAGGACAUCGGAACAUACCGGAUCGUCGAUUAUGUGGCACCAAACAAAGCUAAGGCAAUUCACAAACUGAGUGAGUACCUCAGUUUCCAAGUGAGGAAUGUGGCCAGGGAGCUUGUGGAUGCAUUCAAUCUUCCGGAUCAUGUCAUACGGGCCCCCAUAGCUAUGCACUCGGAAGCUUACUCUCAGUACACACAGUAUGUUGGGUUCUGAUGACUGCCCAAAUCCAUCAAGACUUUGAACAUGAGUGCACGAAUUGCCAGUUCUACAGAUAUGAAUGGGCGAUAUCUGAAGUGUGGUGAAAAGCCCUUCCUGUGGGAAAACAAUGAGGUGAAGGACUUGACAAGGGCCAACUUCCGCCUUAUGCUUCAUUUUGUUGUUGUAAUAAUCCCAUAGGACAAUUUAAAGGCCUUUAAGGUCGAUCGGUGUCAAAUGUACCACAGCAGGCACCAGAAUUCAUUUGUUUUGUUCAGUAGCAAAUUCAUUCAAAAGGGAAGACAGCAUUAUGGUACUCUGUAAUAUUGUACUACUUAUCAGUCUCAUACCGAUCCUUUUGCCAUUGUGAA